AUGUCGGACUUUGGAGGAGAUCAUUCGUCCCAUUUGCCCUGGAGAGGGCAGCGGCUGGAGGGGGGUACUCCAUCUGUCCUGCCCCAGGAGCAAGAGGGCCAUCAGGUCCAUACUCAGCUUCCUCCGGUUUAUGAGCAAUACAGCCCUCAUGGGGCCUCCGAGGCCGAGGAUGACUAUAGAGAUCGGGAAUGGCCUACUUCUCACGAAGGGCAUGGCUCUCCCCAUUCGCAGACUUCAAAUGGAUCCAUGAUUGAGAGUCCACACUCUUCUUCCCAUCACUCGGAGCAUAGACAUUCUGUGGACAUCACUGGCCAAUCUUCACAUGGGGAGCAUCACAUGUCCCUGAGCGAGAGAAGGCAGGAAAAAAGGAAGAUGAAGCGGUUCAGGUAAGCUUGACUGCCUCUUCGGCAUGUGUGGGGGGAUAUUGGAGGAGGCCUACCGUUGCUAACCGGAUCCCCUUCGGAGAAAUUAGACUUACCCACAACCAAACACGCUUUCUGAUGAGCGAGUUCGCCAGACAGGCACACCCUGAUGCAGCCCACCGGGAACGGUUGGCUAGGGAGAUCCCUGGCUUGAGUCCUCGACAGGUGCAGGUUUGGUUUCAAAAUAGGUUCGUGGUGUGCUACCGUUGCGCUGCCGAAGAAUAUAGUUGACUAAUAACGUUUCAGGAGAGCCAAGCUGAAACGAAUGAGCAGUGAUGACCGAGAGCGUAUGAUGAAGUCGCGCGCGCUGCCAGAGGAAUUCCCAAUCCUUCAAACGUUGCAGUACGGAGGAGGGAGGAUGAUGGGGACCCCAAUUGCUUCUCCAACUGAAUACUCACCGACGACUAGCAUGGCCUAUCGUGCGGAUCCGCGACGGAGGCACCUCGGAGAGGAUGAGGUUGUCGUAUCGCCCACAACACCGGGCUUUGCAGGGUUGUCGUUCACGCCUACAACUACCUCUGGCGAGCUCUUAUCCCCUGCAUCCUCAACUGGGGAGCGGCCUUCUUACCUCGGAUACAUGACUUCUCCUCUCACCGCUCAGCAGCAGCGAGGAAACCCUUUUUCAAGAGCCACGAAUCCGUUCAGGACGCACCCCAGCGUACCGCGGCUCCAGCUGCAGGAUACACCUAGAUCGAUGGCUGAAUCUGCCAGUUCACCUCUGAGAUCUAGCACCCCCUAUUCGGCAAACACGAUUGACCAUAGCGAGUAUCAGCUAAGCCCUAGCACGUAUUCCAUGCAAGGGAUGCCAUUCAAUGAGCCGCCGAGAAGUGUCCCUCCAGAAACACCCCAAAGCCCUUUUGUGCACACCCCGCAAGGUGUGUAACCCCCCAGGCCUUCCCUAUAAAACUCAAGGUUAUAUAGCUUAUGCCGAACUAGGACCAUAUACGCACCCUUACCCCUCACCAACUCCAGCGUCGGCGCAUCAAGCACGACCACCGCCGAGCUUUCCACCCCCAUUGACGCUCUCCGAUUACAAAUACUCACAGCCUCCGUUGACUCCCCACUCCGGGACAAUGUCAGGAUUUGCGACAGCGCCUCUUGUGCCUCCGCAAGAGUUUCAAAUUCCACAAAUGAGCACUUCAGCUGAUGCCAACACCCCCAACUCGUCGUACCUUACCCGCGGUUCCGAUCCCAUAGGCCCGGCAACAGCGCUGGGAGCGCCCCCGCAGGAGCCCGAAGAACGAACAGGCCGGAUACCUCUGUUAGGCAGGGAGAUUGGGCAUCAGCGCAAGCGGUCCUCCUCACAUCCUCCGAAUUUUCCUCAGAAUCGCGAACCUUAG